AUGAACUACGACCAGCAACAUCCCGCCUCUGGUGGCUACCACCAUCAGCAGCAUAUGCCCCCGAACCCCUAUGCUCAACAACAGCUUCCUCCUCCUCACCAGCAACAUCACCCACAGCACCCCCAGCAGCAUCCGCAUCAUGCUCAUCCCUCGAGUCAGAUCCCACAGCUUCCUCCCAUGUCUUUCCCGCCUCCCGCGCCAGUACCUUCUAAUAUGCCUCCCAACGGUGUCCCUCCUCAACACCCUCCCGCCGUCUCUUCUGGCCCCGCCGCCUCGACUUCCGCCAGCCAGGGCCAGCCCCCCUCUUUCUCCAGGACAGACGACCUGGGCAGGCAAUAUGAGUUCGUCAAGCGUCCGAGCAAAUCCCGCGAGGUCCUCUGCUUACAAAGUCCAGGCUCGUGGUUGUCCAGCAACCCCAGCGAGCGCGCAUGUGCGGAUUCGGUGACAAGAGUAAAGGUCUUCAACCCCGAAACCGGUCGCGAGUUCAGUGUAAACGAGGUCGAGCAUGGGCAUUUCAUCAUCAAUGUCGACCUGUGGGACGAGAAGGCACAGCACGAGGUGAACCUCGUCAGGCACUCGAGCACAACGGCCUCCAUUUCUACCACAACCCCGACUCCCUUCCACACGCUCAGGCAAGACCCCCCGGGCAUGCCUCCGUACGCGGACCUGAUACCUGGCUACGCGGCCGGUCCUGCGUAUGGCCAGCAGCAGCAGCCCCCGCCGAUUCCAGGGUACCAAGGGUACCAGCCUCCUCCGACUGCAUACACGUCUACCAAUGCCUCGUUUGCGCCCCCCACUCAAUAUUUCCCGAACCAUGCCGCCAGCACCGUGCCAUCGCAGGCUGACAUGACGUACGGACAUCGCCAGUCCAUGUCGAUGGCGACAAACCAGCCCCAGGGCAUGUUCACCAGAAAUCUUAUCGGCAGCCUGGCGUCUAGCGCAUUCCGCCUCAGCGACACGGAGGACAAUGUCGGUAUCUGGUUUGUCAUGCAGGAUCUGAGCGUCAGGACUGAGGGUCUUUUCCGCUUGAGGUUCUCGUUUGUGAGUGUGGCGAAGCGCGCCGGGCAGCCCUCCGCAGCUGGCUCUUUGGUCAACAUGGGCAAGAGCAACGUGCUUGCUCAAUGCUGGAGCGACGUGUUCCAGGUCUACUCUGCCAAGAAGUUCCCCGGAGUGUGCGAAAGCACCCCUCUGAGCAAGUGUUUUGCUCAUCAAGGCAUCAAGAUUCCCAUCAGGAAGGAUGGUCCUUCGGACGGCAAGAAGAACAACGAAGAGGACGAGGAGUUUUAA